AUGGCUUUCACCAAAAAACAGCAAAUUCGUGGUAUAAGAAUUUUAUUAACUGUUUUCUAUGGAUUUCUUCUAUCAAGUAUAAUAUUUCGUUAUAUUAUUCAUGGAAUUGUUCAAACAAUUCGACGACCAACAAAUCCAUAUGCUAUAACAAUGAUUGUUCUCGGCACCAUUAUUCUUAUUUCAAUUGCUUUAGCAAUUUAUGCUACAUGGUUUGAUAAUACGACGAUAAUGCUAGUAUCUGGUGCUGUGCUCAUAUGUGUAUUUAUUCUAACACUUAUCUUUGGUAUUAUUCGUAUUAUUAAGACGGCACCUACUCGUGUAGUUACUGCAACAGCUGUUUCAAAUGUUGUAAUAGAUGGCGAUGUAGCAUCAGAUGCAGGUCAAGCAGGAUCAGUGAGCAAGACUACAACCACAACGGACAGUUAUGCUAUUAUUGAAGAUGUUACGCAAUUAAUCGUUGAAUUAAUAUCAAUUCUUUUUGCUAUUCUUGCUACAUUUGUUUUAUUUCGUUAUGUUAAAACAAAAUAUGCUGCAGUGCCAACAACAGAAACAAAAACAACAUCAUAA